AUGCUUGUAGAAAGUGAAAAGAAAAUGGAUGAGACAGACGGACCCCUCUGCCCAGAGAAGGGCAUCGGGGCUAUGAAAGCUGUCGAUAUCGAUGCCUUUCGUUUGGCAGAUAUGGGAUAUGCACAGGACAUGACUCGCAACUUCUCCACUCUUUCAAUACUGGGUAUAAGUUUCACACUCACAAGUUCCUGGUUUGGCUUUUCCGUCUCCCUGGUUACCGGUCUGAGUUCUGGAGGCACGGUUGUCAGUGUUUGGGUUAUUCCGCUCAUGGCCUUCAUCUCCGGUGCGGUGGCAGUUACACUAUCCGAGUUGGCCAGUUCCAUGCCCAAUGCUGGCGGUCAGUACUUCUGGACGACACAAUUGGCGCCGAAAAAGUAUGCCAAUGGGCUGGCUUUCCUGUGUGGUUGGGUGUCUUGGGUAGCUGCGAUUUUCACCACUGCGAGCAGUGCCUUGGGACUUGGGACGCUCUUAGUGGGAGUUUGGCAGUUAACACACCCGGACUUUGUCCCCCAAGCAUGGCAUAGCGUUGUGGGAUACCUCGUCGCCAAUCUGUUCUGCUCUCUCUUCAACUGUGUCGGGCAGCUGUUGCCCACCAUCGCCACGGUAUCCAUGUAUAUCUCGCUAGUCUCCUUCCUUGUGGUCCUCAUAACCGUGCCUGCCACAUCAGGCUCUUACAGCGAUCCCAAGUUCGUGUUUGCUACCUUUACAAACUCCACCGGCUGGUCAUCCAGCAGACUUGCCUUCCUGGUGGGAUUGAUCAAUCCAAAUUGGCUUUUCGUUUGCCUCGAUGCGGCCACGCAUAUGGCCGAAGAAGUGAAAAGCCCUGAAAAGAUCAUUCCUAAAGCCAUCAUGAGCACUGUUGCCGUGGGAUUCAUAACUUCUUGGGUAUUUUGUCUCGUCAUGUUUUUCAGCAUCACCGACCUUGAAGCCCUCCUCACCACAUCGACCGGCGUUCCAAUUCUGGAGCUCUUCUACCAGUCUCUCAAGAGCAGAAUUGGUGCCGCUGUCCUGGGUGCCCUGAUUUUGGCUACUGGUUUCCGAUGCCAAGUAGCGUCUCAGACCUGGUAG